UCUAGCUGUGUUUUCUCUGUAACAAUAAUUGUAAUGUUUUACACUGAUGCCUCUUUUUUCCUACCAUAACUCUAUAAAAAAAAAAACGUGACCACUUCAUUACUGCAGCCAUAAAAGAACAGAAGUAGAGUGCAGUGUAAGCAGUGGACAGAGGGACAGAGUCCAGUACGUGUAGUCAUUCAGCCGUGAGGGACAUGUAGUAGAUGUGUACAGAUUCACUGAAGAUUCAUACCGCCAAAAUGCCUUCUGGAAAUAUCAUCAAACUCAUUCUGUAUGAGGUGCUGCAGUUUGCGUGUCUCUGUAUCCCUGUGUUCGUAGUCAUGGAGCGUUUUGGCUCUCUCAUUCGAUUGGUUAAGUCCAGUAACACGGCAUACUGGCUGGUGGUGGCGGCCUCUGUGGCUUAUGUGGCGUCUGUAACCCUGUUUGUCUGGGUGCCUUUAAAGUACUUGACCCUGAAGACACAACGAUUCUCAGAAGUGACCAACUGGAAGCCUGUUACACUUGUAUAUGUGGUGCUUAGCACUUUACCAUGCUUCGCUAUCAUCAUAUCCAGCUCCAAGGUUCAGGUUGAUGCAGGGAUUUAUUAUGACAGCUUCACUGAGCUUCCUGUCUCAUUGGUCCUCUUCUGCCUCAUUUGUGUGGACAUAGUGGAGCGAAUUCGCCCUCUUCGUCUGACAGGACAGGAAAAUGCAUUAGGGUCGGAGUUUGAGAUGCGGGGGCCGGUGCUGACUCACUUGCAGCAGGUAACAUCAGUCUCUGCACAGCUGCAGGCUAAUGGUGGGGACGGUGACACAUCCGGUAGAUCACCGGUGGGGAACGGUUCACCAUCGGGUCGUUGGGGAAAUGCAGACAUGAGCAGCAUUUCUCGCAGCAGCAGCGCGGCCUAUCUGUAUUCCUCUCACUAUCGAUCAGGCCCUUUUCGGUUUAUCUGGAUCCAGGACCCUCGGCACAACGUCUGUGUGGCCAGCUUCAUGUUCUGGUUUGAUACGGUGGAAAUGGUGAGGGUGGCCGGGAUUUAUUCGGUCUAUUACUCAGCCUGGGUCUUCCCUAUCUACAUACUGGCUUAUCUGUCUAUCCUACGUGUAGUAAUAACUCCCAACAGUCCUUUGCUGGCAUCACUAAGUGUUCUCAGUCAAGAUUUGCCUUUUCUGGUGGUACGCAUAUGCCUGGUGGUAAUUUUUGGUUAUGUUACUCCUGUGCUGUACAUAUUGAAAAACAUCCUCGUAACUGUAUCUUUUGUGUAUUUUGUUUUGAUGACUAAAUUAAAGUGGCUGAACAGAGGAAGCAUGUUUUGAGGAAAUUGUGGAGAUUGGUUUGUAUAGUAAGUGCAGCGGCAGAUACAGAUUUAUAGAAGUUCAAUGUUAAUACAUAUACCUGUAUUUCUAAACUGUAAAUAUGUUUUACUUUCACAAUGAAAGUGUAUAUUUUCCUAACAUAUUUUUGUAUAGAUGGCUGAAACUAUACAACAGCAUAAAUACCUGUAUGUUAUUGUUUUUAUGCAAGGAUUUAGUAUUUAUUGAAAAACGGAUACUGGUAAAUGCUGUAUGUGUGAGUCUAUUGCUUGUUUUUUUUUCUAUGCAUGAAAAAUCUGUAGAUUUUUACAUUGAUCUAACAACAACAACAAUGUAUAUAUUAAACAUUUUACAUAAAGUUUGUUUUUCUAUUUGGUUAAUAUAAUGCUAGUUACAAACACCAUCUUGUGUGUUUCGAAUCACAAGUUUGCAUUAAAAUGUUAUCAAACAUGAUAGACAUAUUUGGUGUGAUGUGUGAGUGGAGGGCUCUGAGCUCAAAAUUUUAUCCUGAACCCAAAGUCCCCCCUCCCCUCCUUAACUGGGAUGUAUACCAGCU